AUGCGUAGCAUACAACAAUUUCAUAUUACAGAUUUCGCUACUGAUAGAUUUACACCUGGUGAAGCUGUAGCUACUGAACUAUUCAAAAAUAAGAAAAAAAUACCAACUAAUAAUAGACAUCCAAUUGCUCAAGCAUCACAAUCACAAAAAAUCUACAUUCCACCUAAGAAUAUAUACAAUUUCCCUCCAAAUUUAGAAUCUAAUUAUCCGGGACCCAAACCAUAUUCAAGUAGUCCAAUUUCAAGUUAUAUACCACCACCAGCUGGUCCUAUAGAAAAAGAAACUGAUUUACCAAAAAAUCAAUUUUUAGGACCUCUUAGCCCUGAAUAUUUACCAUAUGAAAUGAAAAAAAAUGAAACAACCGAUGAAAAAAGAAUGACAAUGCCAGAAAUAUCAUCGGAUUCUGAAAAAGAUAAUAAAAAUAUAUCAGAUAUGGAUGAUCAUAAGAUGGAAAAUGCUCAAGUAGAUGAUAUGCCUGAGCAAGAUACACCUCCACCAUCUGAUUUACAUGAUUCACAUGAUAUUUAUCCACAUGAUUCACAUGAUCCACACGAUUCAUACGAUAUUCAUUCUCAUGAUCCACACGAAGUUCAUUAUUCUCAUGAUCCACAUGAAUACCAUCCUCAUCAUGAUUCUCAUGAUCCACAUGAAUACCAUUCUCAUCAUGUUUCUCAUGAUUCUCAUGAAUACCAUCCUCAUCAUGAUUCUCAUAGUCCUCCUGACAUACACGAUAUUAGUUAUCCUAUUCAUCAUAAACCACAUGAUCAUAUUCCACCAUUUCUUGAUUAUCAUAGCUAUGAUAAUCAUCCAAUAAAAUAUAAUGGUCCAUGGAAUCCUUGGAAUAAUAUUUAUAGUUCAUAUCCAGAUAUAAUUUAUGAUCAUGAUCAUUUUCAUCAUCCUAAAGAAACAACAACAUCAGCUCCAGAACCUCCUCCGCCACCACCACCAGAACCAGAAGAACCACAUACUGAACCAAGAGUGAAAAAAUACAGUUAUUUCUAUUUAGGUCGAAAAUUAUGGUAUAUUCCAUUAUAUUUCACAGUUUGGUUUAGUUUUUAUGUUUUAUGGUUGAUUGUAAAAUCAAUUGCAAGGCAUAAGGUUAACUUACCAAAUCAUUAUGUUGCAAGGGAUCUACAUAAACGUGAUUUAUUUAGUUCAUUAGAUGAACAUAAAUACAAAUAUAUAGAUGAAUUAACAAAUUUUGUAAUGAAAAGUAUUGAAAAAUAUCAAUAA